AUUCAAUAAAUUGCCCGGUGAAUUUCUCCAGGUACAUACUAAAGCAACCAAAGGGUAACUGAAUAUGAAGGAAGGAAGGAGAGGUCGAUCAAAGACUCAGAAAUUGUGUCUAUCUUCCGAUCCAUCGUCCACGAAUACGUCAAUCUCUGGCCGAGAUCAAGGGCAUUCUGGCCAAUGGAUGGAUCGUCAGGACAGACAUGAUCGUCCCCACGAACGUGUGGAUAGACACGAUCGUCACAUAGUACACCAAAAUCCAUCAUCGAAUGUGUUUCUGGCAAGUCCAAAGCAAAUUAGAACCCCUGGAGGCACCAUUCGACCUAAGAACUUGGGUAGAAUCAAAUCACUUUCUAAAAUCGAGAUAAGAUCUCCAGUACUACGUACGACCACCCCUGGGGCCACACCAUUAUUCAGCCCCAAACCACUAUCUAUAAUGGGUGCAGAUCAAGAGAGUCGCCCACUUUUACAUGAAAUGGCAUCGGUGGACACGGUACGAACAAAUCUCACCCUUUCAUCUCGACUUAUGAAUACUGUGGUGUCCAAAUCAUUUUACAAGCUUAGAAAUUAUUACAAUGACUUUACAACUAUUGAUUGGGUACAGGCAUUUGUAGCCCAAAAUCGAUUUAAUUAUGAAUUGGAACACCGCUCCUGGAUAGUCGAGAACAAUGAAGGUGAGCUUGCUAGAGGCAUCCCAUUUUAUUAUAAAACAUAUCUAGUACUUGGGAAAUGGGUUCUUAUUGUUCUAAUUGGUUUUUUUUUCUCUUUAAUUGCAUAUUCCAUAGACAAAAUUGAGCUUGUAUUGGUUGGGUUCAAACAUGGUUAUUGUCGAAAUAAUUGGCUAGCAAGUCAGGUUUCCUGUUGUAUCCAGGGCUCCCCAACAAACGACAAACAGACUAUAUAUAUGAAUGUAUUCAAAUCUGGGACCGUGGCUAGAUCAAUAUCAUCUGAACUGUGUCCAGAUUGGAUUUCAUGGUCAACAGUUUUUGAAAAUGAAGAGCUUCAUAAUACAUUAAGAUUCGACUUUGCAAUCUAUGUAUUACUUACAAUUUUGUUAGCGUACCUUGCAUGUUUGAUAACUUUAUCAACGAAAACUACAACACAUAUGUCACUUGUGACUAACAAGGGGAGCAACACUUUCAAGUCUUCCAGUUCAUCAUUUGGAAGUAGUGGUGGCGCUAGUUUCAAUGGUACGGACCUGGACUUUGGUGACGCUCCUGUAGGAUAUGAGCACGAGGAUACCAACAUUCUCGACAGUAUGGAAGACGAUGAAGUUGUUAGUACAGAGUUACAAAUGCAGCUUGAUACCUCACUACCACACGAGAGUGAAAUUCAAGAUAUUGGUUCCAGGGUUAUUUACACCGCUAGCGGGUCUGGUGUCCCCGAAGUAAAGACAAUUUUAUCUGGGUUUGUUAUACGCAGAUUCUUGGGAACAUACACUCUUUUUGCCAAAACUUCAACAUUGGUGUUGGCGAUCGCCUCUGGAAUGUCAUUGGGGAAAGAAGGACCAUAUGUUCACUUGGCUACUUGCGUGGGGAAUAUCUUAUCAAGAUUAUUUCCUUAUAUUCAUAACAAUGAUAUGAUGAAAAAGCAGAUUUUAUCUGCGAGUGCAUCUUCAGGGGUGGCAUUGGCAUUUGGAUCUCCAUUAGGGGGUGUUCUUUUUAUAUUGGAAGAAAUUAACCAUUACUUACCUUCCAAUCAAUUAUUUCAAAUAUUUUUCUGUGCAAUCAUAUCUACCUUAUUCUUGAAGUUUUUGAACCCUUAUGGAACUGGAAAGACUGUUUUAUUCGAGCUUCUGUACUUCUCUGAUUGGAGUCCGAUAGAGUUAGUAUUCUUCGUUAUGAUAGGAAUUAUGGGAGGCGUAUUUGGCGCAGCAUUUGUUAAAUUUGUUCGGUGGUGGCCGACAAAAUUUCGCCAAAUGAGUCUUAUAAAAGAUAGACCAGUAUUUGAGGUGUUUUGCAUCUCAUUAUUAACUGGGGUAGUUACAUUUUGGAACCCUUAUACGAAACAAGCAUCAUCGGAAUUGGUUUUGGAUUUAGCAACUCCAUGUCAACCUGGAACGGUAUUUAACGAGUCUCUUUGUCCACUGACACAUUCACAGUUUGUAGCAGAAUUAGGAUCAUUAGGAUUUGCAUUUUUAACAAAAAUAGUGCUCACCUUUGUCACUUUUGGAUUAAAACUUCCCUGUGGUAUAUAUGUACCUUCAAUGGUUGUUGGAGCAUUAUUUGGAAGAAUAUUUGGUAUGUUGAUUCAAUGGGCAAAUUAUCACUACAAUAUUGGAUUGGACGUACAACAUGCAGAGGCAGUGUCGACUUCCACUUCUUUAAUGAGGUUUAUAUGUCCAGUGGGUACUCCUAAUAAUGAAUGCAUUGACUUGGGAAUUUACUCAAUGAUAAGUGCAGGGGCUUUUAUGGCAGGAGUUACUAGAAUGAACAUCACUUUAGUUACCAUAUUGUUUGAAUUAACGAGUUCAUAUACAUAUGUUUUACCCAUAUCUAUAGCCAUUGCGGUUGCGAACUGGAUGGGAGGAGUAUUGGAAAAGAACUCAUUGUACGAAUCCUUACUUAUACUGAAUGAUUACCCAUUUAUGUCGUCAGAAACUGAACCUUUGGAUCCUUUCGUUUCGGUAGGGGACAUUAUUAAUGAAAGUGAUACUUUCAACAGUGAAGAAUGUAGCAAGUAUCAUUCGUUGAGUAAUAAGCGGGCUCCUUGUAUUCCAAAGCAACCACUCCCCAGCCCAAAAUUGGGUACUACAGGUAUGCUAAAUGUUAAUGAAUACAUACCUAUGGGAGAUAUCAAUGAUAACCGAAAGCUUUAUAUUGAUAUCAGUAGCUCUCCAUAUGUUGCAAUAUCGGUUUUACAGGCAAAGCUAUUACUUCUUGCAGAAAAAUCCCUACUUGAUGGAUGUAUUCCAUUGAUCGUUAAUGAAGUUUGUACAGGUCUCAUAUUCUUCUCCGAACUUGAAUAUUGCUUGGACAAAUUGGAAUCACUUUGUACUCAAUAUUCAAUUUCAGAUGAAAUAUAUUGUAAACUCUUACCAGAUGAAAAAUUUGAUACAUCAGAGACAACCCAAAUGAUAAUUCGGAAGAAUCAGAUUGCUAUUACCAGUGCUUUGCAUAAUUACUCUUCGAACUUUGGCGCUACAGACUACUUCAGCUAUGGUCUUCAGAACCACGAAGAUUCUGAGAGUACGAAAAUUCAACAAUUGUUUUACGAUUUAACCGACUUGACUGAUUCUACUGAUUACUUCCCCCUUUUUAUAAAUUAUGAUUCAGAGUUAACUUUAGCUCAUUUAAUAUUUGAUAAAAUUGGAACUAGAGUAAUCGUGUUAUUGAAGGAAGGAAAGUACUACGGAGUUCUUCAUAAGAAAAUUUUGAUUGAUUAUUGCAGACAGGAAGCUUUGACUAAGUAGGUCUGGCUUUCAAAUUCUGUUUUAAAUAUUAAUUGCUGAAGUUUACACCCGCAGUAUAUUUCGAUUAUAUAUUUUCUGAAGUUCUCCAUAUUUAAGGAUAACCAUUCAUGGGUUAGUUGAAUAUCAGUCGAGUCAUACUGGUAUUUCCAUAAUAUUUCCCAAUCCCCGCUAAUAGGAUUAUCGUCAGCUCGAGGAAGAUGUAAAAACUCUGCUUUGGGUUGGAGGUAUUCAUAUAACUGAUUUCCUUUGAAUGACCCACUCUCCAUUGUUCCAUACUUGUCGAUCUUCAGCUUAACGAUUAGCGCGUCAUACGCUGUGUAUGCUUCGUAUAAAAAGUUGGUUAUUCGACACAUGUCUAAAAUUAUCACCCCAUUUAUAGAUGGUUUGUCAAAAAAUGCAUUAAUUAUAGUACCACUA